AAAGAAGGACUAUCGUAGAGAUGAGGAGAAAAAAAGAAGAAAAAAUUGAAAGUGAUGAUAAAAUUUAUUGAAGCAGAAGCAGAAGCAGAAGCAAAAGACGAUGACAAUCUAUCUAUACUAUAUUAUAAUUCUGAGCUACCAAUUCACUUUUAAUACAAUUGUGACAUGUGGCGCUUUCUAAUUGUGACAUGUGGACUCUUCAAACCCAUUUAAUUCUCUUAAACGUUAUUUGUGUUCUUGCUGUAAAGGAUAAAAACUCUUCAGCAACCUGUAACGUUAAACCUCAUUCACAGAUAUUACGCGCCGUUCAACCUUCUCCAAGCCGUUCGAGCAAAUUGAUCUCUGUUGGUGUUUCAGGCGUUACACAUCCUUGCUUAAAUCUGCGGCAUUAUUUAACAUUCAGGUUUAGCAUAAAAAAACGCCAAACACCCCAUCUUUACCUUUCAAUUUUCCAUGUAAAUCAACUGUAACUACCAGAUUUCGGACAACCAUAAUCUCGGAUCGGAAAAUAUGAAACUCGACAAUUCAGCUUGCUGUAAAGGUACAUGCAAAUUUCAUUGCUUCAGUCUAAGCAAGUUUGGCUACAAAUCAAGAUAAGCCAUGCCUAUAACUGUAAGUCAUUUCCUUUGUAGUAGCGUAAGUUAACAAGAAAUUUAAUUUUUUAGAUUAAAGAUCCCUAUUGAUUUUUCUAUGGCAAUUGAUGAGCUGACAGAGCAAUAAACUUCAUGCUCUAAAUGAAUACUAUAUAAAUUUCUUUUCUUGUGGCAAUAUUUCUGUCAUGAUUCUUAUUUUUAUCAGGAACAAGUGUACAAGAUAUUACAGCCAUGACAACACAAACACAAUUACAAUCUACUUUUAACAUCAACAAUUAUCAUGAUGCUGACACUGUUGUUGCAGUAAUAAUUGGGACAGGUACUAAUGCUUGCUAUCUAGAACGAACGGAUGCUAUUAUUAAGUGUCAAGGCCCGGUUAAAAAAAACUGACGUAAAUUGUUUUUUUAAGUAAAAGAUAUUAAUUUUUAUGUUUUUUAAUUUGAAAAAGUUAUUGAUAAUUAAUAUAAAAUAAAUAAUUAUUAUUAGUUUAAUUUUGUAAAUAAAAAGGUAUUUUUGUAUUAUUAAUAACAUUAAAAUCUAAUUAGAAUAUAGGUUAAAAAAUGAAGGACUAUUUUAUAUUUUUUACUAAAUGAAAAACGUUCAAUUUAAUACUUUGGGUACAGUUGAAAACGAAAAAUAAAAAAAAGGGUACAAAUAAAUUUUUUCCUUGGUCAGGGUAUAAACGAAAAAAUAUUACAAGGUGGUUUUUUUUUAAGUAAUUAGACCUUUUUUUUCCUCCAUAUGUAUUUCGAUGAAGAAGUCAUCUCAAUGUUGUAUGGAUAUCACUGCAGGGUUUUGAGAAAAUGAUAUCUGGAAUGUAUCUUAGAAUGACAAUAGAGUCGGAUAUAUUUGGACCUCUGUCUUCCAGAUUGGUGAAACGCUUUAUUUUGACAACGCCUCUAGUGGCUAAAAUGCACGAGGACGACUCUCCUGAUCUGAAGGAAGUAGCUCACAUCUUGAAAAAAACUUUCGGGAUCUCAGAAGCUCCUUUGAAGGUCCGAAAGCUUGUUGUCAGAAUAUGUGACGUGGUGACGAGAAGGGGUGCUCGUUUAGCAGCCGCUGGCAUAGUAGGAAUCUUGAAGAAGAUCGGGCGUGACGGGACGGGAGGCAUCACCAGCGGACAGGGAGGAAGAAGCGACAUAAAAAUGAGAAGAACGGUUGUGGCGAUCGAAGGUGGUUUGUACACAAGCUAUAGGAUGUUCCGAGAUUACUUGCAUGAGGCCUUCAAUGAAUUACUUGGGGAAGAAGUUGCCCAACAUGUCAUUCUGAAGGCCACCGAAGAUGGAUCGGGCAUCGGAGCCGCUCUUCUUGCCACAUCAUAUUCUUCCUGCAUUGUCGAUAGGGUACAUCAGCCAUAAAAUAUAAAUUACUCCCUCUGUCCGCAAUUGAUAGGCUGAUUUCCUUUUUUAGAAGUUAGUAAACUUAGUAAUUGUCUAAAAUGUCCUUAGUUAAAUUAGAAUUUAAUCAACUAAAUUAAAUUUAGUUCAAAUUUUAAUGAUAGAACUAAUUGAUAAUGUUUCGUAGUUCCAAUGUCA